AUGAUUGCAAUUGAUCUAGAAUUUAGACAAUGGCAAUGGCAGUACCAAAUAUCUACUACAUUUUUUAUUGGAGUAAUUUUACCAGCCUUGUACUAUAUUUAUUGCAAAUAUAUUACAACUCAGCCUAAUAAUUAUAACAAGAUUGAAGCCCCAGUUAAAAUAACAUUUCCAAUACCUGAGGAAGCUAGACCACAUUGGAAGGGUAAAAGGUUAUACCCACCUCUGAUUUCUGUACCAAAUGAACCUAAUAAAAUCCAAAGUUAUUGUCCUGCUACUGGCCAAUAUUUAGGAACAUUCACUUGUACCACACGUGAAGACAUGGAUGAAAUGAUUUCAAAUGCAUCAAAGGCACAAAAUAAAUGGGCCAAAUCAUCAUUCAGUUUAAGAAGAAAAUUGUUGAAAACCAUGGCUAAGUUUAUAUUGGAAAAUCAGGAAAAUAUAGCUCGUGUGGCAUGUCGUGAUUCUGGUAAAACCAAACUAGAUGCAUCAAUGGGUGAAAUAAUGGUUACUUUAGAAAAAUUAAAUUGGAUUAUACUGAAUGGUGAAAGAGCAUUAAGACCUUCUCAACGUCCAGGUCCAUCUAACUUCUUAAUUGGAUUAAUGAAGAAUGCAGAAAUCAGAUACGAACCAUUGGGCGUUAUCACUGCUAUUGUUUCAUGGAACUAUCCAUUUCAUAACUUGAUGGGUCCUAUUAUUGCCUCAUUAUUUACCGGGAAUGCAAUUAUAGUCAAAUGCUCAGAACAAGUUGUAUGGUCUUCUCAAUGGUUUAUUAAGUUUGUCAGAACUUGUUUACAGGAGUUGGACAUUGAUGAAAAUUUAGUUCAAUUAUGCUGUUGCUACCCAGAAGAUGCCGAGUAUUUUGUUUCACACCCGGGUUUGUCACAUAUUACUUUUAUUGGUUCAAAACCAGUGGCUCACCACGUUGUAAGUAAUGCUGCUAAACAGUUAACACCAUGUGUUGUUGAAUUAGGUGGUAAAGAUUCUGUUAUUGUUGUUGACGAUGUUAAGGAUAUUAAUGCAUUAUCUUCAGUAAUUUUGAGAGGAACAUUUCAAAGUGCUGGUCAAAAUUGUAUUGGUAUUGAACGAGUCAUUUGUUUGCCAAAAUCCUAUGAACAAUUGGUUGAAAUUUUCACUGAAAGAAUCAAAAGUUUUAGAUUGGGUUCUGAUAUUGAUCAAUUAGACGAAAUAGAUAUGGGUGCCAUGAUUUCAGAUAAUAGAUUCAAACAAUUGGAAGAAUUGGUUGAAGAUGCUGUCAGCAAAGGAGCUAGAUUGGUGCAUGGAGGUAAGCAAUUCAACCAUCCAAACUAUCCACAAGGUCAUUAUUUCGAACCUACAUUGUUGGUUGAUGUUGAUCCAUCUAUGAGAAUUUUCCAAGAAGAAGUCUUUGGUCCUAUAUUAACCAUGAUUAAAGCCAACGAUGUCGACGAUGCCAUUUCAUUAGCCAACGGUACUGAAUAUGGUUUGGGUAAUUCUGUCUUUGGUAAUAACUUUGCUCAAAUCAAUGCGAUUGCUGACAGAUUAGAUAGUGGAAAUGUUGCUAUUAAUGACUUUGCAACGUUUUAUGUUGCUCAAUUACCAUUUGGUGGUAUUAAGAAAUCUGGUUACGGAAAAUUUGGUGGUGAAGAGGGAUUGACAGGUUUGUGUAAUGCCAAAUCUGUUAUCAUGGAUAAACCUUUGUUGCGUUUAUUGGGAGUGGCAACAGCCAUACCUCCAGCCAUUGAUUAUCCUAUUCAAGACGAUAAAAAAUCUUGGAAUUUUGUAAAGAGUUUGAAUAUCGCAGGCUAUGAUAAUAGCAUAUGGGAUAAAAUCAAAGCAUUCAAAACAUUGGCUAAGGGUGGUGCUUAA